AUGGAGGUGCUCGGCGCAGUUUCGAGUGCCGUCGCCUUGGCAGAAAUCUUCGCAAAAAGCGUUCUCACGACGAAGAAACUUUGGGAUGAGGCACAAGAUGUCCCUGAAGAGAUCAAUCGACUGAUGAAUGAUCUCACGCAUUUGAAACCGAUGCUGGAAGAGGCCGAGGCAGUCUUCAAUAAUCAGGCCCAAAACCCAUCUACCGAUACGGGUCUAUUACUAAUGCAUAACUACAAGGAGGUGUCUGGGAAGCUUCACCUUUUAGCUGCGGAUUUGAAUCAACGGAUUGUGACAGCGAAAAGGGGGAAGAGGAACUUGACGAAGCUGAAGGCAAUGUUGAGCAAGACUUUGAUUCAGCGUUACCAGAGAGAACUAGACAGCAUUUCCCAGACACUUUCGUUCUUCUUCAAUGUGCACAACUUGCAUUCUCAGAAGGAGUCACAAGCGUUGCAUUUGGAGUCCAUCAGUUUACACAGGAAUACGGACGACAAGAUUUGUCAGCUUUUGUCCUUGGUUCAGUCUCGUCUGCUGCCUCAAACCGUGCACAAUAUCCAGCCCAGUCGGCUUGAGGGAGAUCCAAACAGUUUCGAUGGCGAGAUGGUAGAAGACGGAGUUGGAUUCUCGAACCAGAAUUGCCUAUUUCAAACAGAAAGACGUCAGAGAACGCAGAAGCCAAAACCGAUCGCUUGGCGCCCGCGACGGUUGUUCGGCGGUUACACCUACCAGACUUCAGAGCAUCCCGGAAAACAGAGAACAAAAGUCAUUCAAGUGCGGCUUGAACUUCCAUGGUGCUUGUCUGGAAGAGCUUGGGACUUUGAAGCACACCGUAGCCCUAUGGGGUGGAACAUGUCGAUCAGACCUUGGACUGUCCGUCCACCCGGCGACCGAAUUUUCAGCCUUGUCAGAGAAGGCUCGUGGCCCGAAAUCGCGGAGCAGUUCAACAGUGGUCAAGCAUCCAUCUCAGACCGCGACGCGUACGGUAACUGUCUCUUGACAAUCGCCUUGGAAUUCGACCGCUAUGAUGUUGCCAGAAGUCUCGUGCACACAGGCUUUGAGAUCGAAGGUUCGAGGGUGCUGCAAGUCAUCGAACAUAUUUGUGCCAACCGACCGUUUGGGCACUCCGAUGUUGCCAUUGUGGAAUGGUUCCAGUUUGCAGCUGAGCUUGGGCUUCUCGGAACUCUCACCGAAAAGAUGUGCGGCGAUGUUGACGUUACACUUGCCUGUCUUGAUGUCUGGCACCACGCUUGGAAACUUCCCGAAGUAUUCUCCCUUUUUAUUACAGAGAGAACUAACUUCCUCGGCGAAUAUUCAAUCCUUGGGCUGUUCCGAAGCCUGUGGUGGAAAAAAACAGACCCUCGAUUUUUCCUAGAGCUCUGUCGCAACAAAAACAUCAGUCCACAGUUUGACAGAGAAUACGUUAUGAAAAACACAUCGGGGGGAAAUAUGGUGGACUUUGCUCAAGAAUAUUUUGCGCUUGCACCCGGACGCGUUGCCCCAUCCGGCAUCCCGUAUUUGGACAGUAGGUAUGAUGGAACGACCUUUCAAGAUUGGAAAGAGCUUGCAGUAUGGGUCUUGACGGACAUUCCGAUGGACGAGCUAGUGUGGCAACCUUCAGAGAUAUCACAAAUCCCUGCAGCAAGUCCCUUCCUAGAAGGCCUGUACUCUGGGACCCAGGAUCUGCAUGAGGGCGAUAGAUCACCUCGCAACAUGCGAUUGAACAAACGUCGACUAAACCAGACCAUGUGCUCUUGGCUUGAGGACGCUCAAGCAUCAGGCAUAGACUUAGCAGAAUAUGGACGGCGCCAGCUAGACAUACAUAACUCCGGUUAUGAAAGCUUUGACCGCAGGUCGAACCUUGGUAUGAUACGUUCGGGCGGCCCGCGACUGAUCUCGUUUAUGUUUGGCCCUCGCCCACAAGAUUGGAAGCUUAUCUGGGAUCCUGACGUCGAGGAGUUUGCAGGAGACUUUUGGGAUUUCACCGAGAAUCCACCUCUUCACAUUCCAGGAGCCUAUCCGGAAGAUGAUUGGUAA